UGAUUCAAGCUGCUUGUUUUCUGGAUCCUCGAGGUGAACCGAAUCGGUGCUUGUUCGCCAUCAUCUUUGGAGCUAAUCUUCUCACUCGAGACGUGUAAUCGGAGAAGAGAAGAUGGGCAUUGUACCGAAGGAAACGAUUGAGGUUACAGCACAGAGUAUUGGGAUUACCAAUUUGUCACCUGAGGCUGCGCUUAUGCUUGCUCCUGAUGUUGAGUAUCGUGUUCGUGAGAUCAUGCAGGAGGCUAUCAAAUGCAUGCGUCACUCAAAGAGAACGACUUUAACAGCUUCGGAUGUAGAUGGUGCUCUCAACUUAAGGAACCUUGAGCCGUCAUAUGGCUUUGCCUCAGGAGGACCGUUUCGAUUUAGAAAGGCUAUUGGGCAUCAGGAUUUGUUCUAUACUGAUGACAGAGAGGUGGAUUUCAAAGAUGUGAUUGAAGCCCCACUACCAAAAGCUCCCCUUAAUACUGAAGUUGUCUGCCACUGGCUGGCUAUUGAAGGAGUGCAGCCAGCUAUCCCAGAAAAUGCUCCUUUAGAAGUCAUCAGAGCACCUGCGGAAAACAAAAUAUAUGAGCAAAAGGAUGUACCUCUAAUUGACGUUAGGCUACCAGUGAAGCAUGUACUAUCUAGGGAACUUCAGUUAUACUUCCAAAAGAUUGCUGAACUUACAAUGAGCAAGUCAAGUCCUGCUCUGUUUAAAAAAGCAUUAGUGAGCUUGGCUUCAGACUCAGGACUUCAUCCUCUAGUUCCAUAUUUUACAAAUUUCAUUGCUGAUGAGGUAUCACGUGGUUUAAAUGACUUCCUACUCCUGUUUAAUCUAAUGCACGUUGUUAGAAGUCUUCUACAAAACCCACAUAUACACAUAGAACCAUAUCUGCACCAGUUGAUGCCAUCUAUUGUAACAUGCCUUGUAUCGAGAAAGCUUGGAAAUAGAUUUGCCGAUAACCAUUGGGAGCUUCGAGAUUUUACAGCGAAUCUGGUUGGACUGAUAUGUAAAAGGUUUGGAAACGCAUACAUUACCCUUCAGUCUCGUCUUACGAAAACUUUAGUAAAUGCACUUUUGGACCCAAAGAAAGCUUUGACUCAGCACUAUGGUGCAAUUCAAGGAUUAUCAGCAUUGGGGCAUAAUGUUGUACGCGUUCUUAUUCUGUCAAAUCUCGAACCGUAUCUGACUCUUCUCGAACCAGAACUGGAUGCUGAGAAGCAAAAGAACCAAAUGAAAAGCUACGAAGCUUGGCGUGUGUACGGGGCCUUGCUGCGUGCUGCAGGCUUGUGUAUACAUGAUCGGCUUAAAAUCUUCCCAAAUUUACCAUCCCCUUCACCAAGUUUCCUCCAUAAGGGAAAGGGAAAAAUAAUCAGUGCCGAGCCACGUAAACGGAAGCUGAGUGCUGAUUCUUCAGAAAACCAGUCACCCCAUAAAAGACUGAUGAUAACUACAGAUGGGUUACGACCGGAAGAUCACACCGGUCCAGCUCCAAUGCAUGUAGAUAAACCGAUGGGAAAUUACAAUCCGCCACAAAACUCUGUUCAACCAUCCUCAUCAGAACAAGCUUCUGAUGGUAAUGAAUCUGAAAGCAGAAACGGAAAGGAGAAGGAAAGGGGCAAAGGCCGGUCCAUUACCAUGAAAGCAAUCCUUGGUCAGAUUUGGAAAGAUGACCUUGAUUCUGGACGGCUCUUGGUGAAACUGCACCAACUAUAUGGUGAUAGGAUUCUUCCUUUUAGCCCUUCUACAGAGAUGUCAGUAUUCCUCUAACCAUUAAGAGGUACGUCUGCAGUGAGAGCUCAUGGUUCUGCGCUUGGAAAGAUUAAACUUUCCUCGGGUCAACUCUUAGUGGAUCUUCCUGGCCUUGAGGGACAUCGAGCAUCUCGGGUCUUUAGGAGAAGUCUACAUGUAGUGGUUUGAGUUGUAUUGAACCGAGUAAAGGUUGAGGGCUUCCUUGAAUUCUGAAUCUUCCAAUGUAUAUAUUUAGAAGAUUUUAGUGUGAAUUUAUUUGUAGUAAUGUAGAUUGCAGAUAUUUCCUUAAUGUAUUUGCUUGUUGCUCGUUA